UUUUCAAAUAUAUGUCAUCACCAAGUCAUCACCAUUGUUCAACAGUCACAUUGAUUGAUCCGUAUUUUAUCCAUUUAUUCAUUAAACUGUAUAUUUUGUUUUUGGUUGAAAAUCAUGGUGUAAUCAAUGUGCCACUGUGUUUGAUAGUUAAAUAUUCGGCUAGCUUGCUAAUAUUCUGUAAAUGUAUAACUACAUUUAUGGUUUGGAUGUAUUAGACAAUUUUACUUUCAAAUAUAAAUUCCGAAUGUACCUAUAGACAAAAAGUAUGAAGUUUAUUUUUAUUUUUCAAUUGUAAAAGCUGUAGUCAACUAUUGGCAACAUUGACUGUUUUGUCAAAACUGCAGUCAAACAAACGAACAUGGAUUCUUUGGCUGAAGAAUCUGAAAAUAAUUAUCAAUUUAACGAAAAUGAAUGCAACAAAUCAAACUGCAAUACCUUCAAAAAUGUCUCGGAACAUAGUAAUAAUAUUGUGCAUAAAUUAUUUAACAGAGAGAUAUAUGGGAGCACUUCAAGAAAAUCCAAUGAAAGAAGUCGUAAAAUGUUUGAGAAAAUUCCACCGCGGUUACGGUUCUGUCUUAUGGAUAUAGUGCCAAUAUCAUAUCUCAGGAAGCAUGUUUUUAUGGGAUUUUCACAAUGCGGACAGUUCCUACUAAGUUUUACUUAUAGUUGCAACAACCAAGUUUACUUUAGAGAAAGUUCCAAGUUCAAGCUGCAUUUUUUAUCAUGGGUCCCAGGCAAGGUGGUUAGACCUGUUCACAGUGUCCCAUUGUUUGGUGAUGACUGUGUUGACAGCAAGGUGACAAUCUCCAUGGCUCAAUGGAAACAUAACCCAGGAGUACUUGUGGUCUAUGGAAUAGCAUUUUCAUGCUCAGAAAGAUCCUACCUCAGUGUUAUAGGUGUACCUCGUCUGGGAUGCAAGAAAUGUGCAGCAUAUUCAAAAGAAGAAGAUGAUUCACAUUGGGGGAAAAGAUGUUUAGAACACAAUUUUGCUAUUCACACAAAGUUUUUCUGUACAUCUGAUUCUAGUAUGUACGAACCAGUUGUGCAGCUGGCAUAUUCAAAUCAAAUUAUAAUUUACACAGACUUUAUCCAUAUAUUGGAAAUAGAUUUCGUUGACCCAGAUCAAGAUCGCACAGAGACAAAUGAUUAUAAUAAAUUUGCAUUAGAUAGGGACGAGGCAAACUCAAUAGACACAAAUCCGAGUACACCUGCCUCAGACGUGUCCGCCGCUUUUCAAUCGCCGAAAUAUCAGAAUAAUGUUGUGCAGAACAUUUUAGCAGAUUUUUCGGACCUUGAAGCAGAGCCAUAUCAGAUGUCGCGGCCCAUUCAUUUGUCAGAUAUGAUGGGACAAGAGCUGUGUAUACAGGCAUCCUCCAUAUCACAUAAUUUAGUCGAGGAGUGGGAAGGACCCUCUCCAUCCAUCAGAACAUUGAUUAGUCCACCUCUAAGAUCGCCAAGAAGACGACCGGCCGAAAGCAUGUCACGUUUUAAUGAAACGCACAGAACUAUCGCUGAAAAAGCUUACGAAUUCGUCGAGGAGACGGAUACGAAAUGCGAAAAGCUUAGUAUAUUUCGUAAGAGAAGGUUAGCGGAUAAGAAGUACGAAUUCUCAGAAGACAACAACGAAAACAUCGUCCCUUUUAGAGUGUUAAGGAGUAAUAGGAAAUACUUUAUAGGAUCGGCCGGCAAAAGUCAAGCGAAGAGAGCGAAGUCACCUCCGACGGAGAGCGUAGUGCUGAGGGCUCACAAUCAGAUCAGCAGGCCGACCUCGCCUACCACCAGCUGCGAUCUGAAGAAUCCCGGACUGUCCGCUCUAGAGUCGGACAGGAACAGCGAGUCGGAGUAUAGAGUGAUGGAAAUGUUGGAUGACGGCUCGCUGAAAACGGUCGCGGUGCACGACAACACGUCAAAGACCCUGUCGGACAUCCCCGUUAGCCCGCAGGACCCUUACCUCGUGCACUCGGAGAAUUCUAAAUGUAGCAAAUUCUUCACAAGAUACUUUGUCGAAAGCGAUGAUGAGAUCACUUCCAUUAUUACUGAUUCUGAAGACGACUGCAUGUCGGGGUACCACGUGGCGCUGCACCUGGCGGCGCACGGCGCGCGCUACGCGCCGCUGCAGGCGGUGAGCGCGGGCGCGUGGGAGCGGCUGCCGGCGCGCCGCACGGUGCGCGCCACGCAGCGCUCGCUGGACACGGAGCUGCUCUGCAACGAGGUGUGCGGCCGCCUGUGCCACCUGCGCGGCGUCAAGUUCAUCUACUGCUUCGACUGGGGCUGCCACGUCAUCGACGUCUGCCACUCCAGCGGCUGCCUCUCCGGGCUGUGCGCGAUGUGGCUGUGGGCGAGCGCGGAGGGCGGCGGGGGCGCGGAGGGAGCGGCGGGCGAGUGCGACGCCUGCAAGACGGUGAGCGCGGGCUGCCUCUCGCACCGCCGACAGUACGCCGCUGAGUGUCUAUUCGUGUGGGACCUCGUCACCGGCGUGUACAGAACUGAAAGAGUUUCCAUGACUGAGGACGACAGCCAAGAGGGAUCUAGAGUGUCUGGUGCGGAGCGCGCGCGCGAGCUGGCCAAGCGGCUCGGGCCCAUCAACAUGCCGCCCGGCAAUGAGAACAGGCUGCUCACCACACUCACCGGAAAAUCAUUGAAAAGGCUGACAGAUGUGGACAACUGCAUUGAGAUAACAAAGAACCAUCCGGAUAGCUCAGAGUCCGAGUCCUCCUCGGAGGAGGACAGCGACUACGACUGAUGACGUCACACGGAUACUAUGAGUGUUGAACCAGUGUAGUGAUCAGUGUUGCUAUCAACCAAGCCCACCAAGAUACUUACAAGUAUUGAAUAUUCGAAUAUUAUAAGGUAAGUAGGUAUGGCUGUGUUGCCGUAAUGGAGUUUGCUGACUUGUGAACAGGGUGUCGAUCGGUUUCGAUAUACGUAUGAGAAGUAGGCUCAAACAUAUACACUGUAAGAUAUUUUACUAGUCCUUGUCUAUGUACUCUGUGAAAUGUAUGAUAUAUGUAAUAGUUUAUAUAAGAUGUUUUCUUUUCUGGUUGUUUUAAUAUGUACUGAUAUUUUUGUUUCACCUAUUUUUCACUGGCAAUACUCAACUUGUGGAUGUAUGAUAAAUAGUAAAUACAUGACAUUACUUUUGCAUGAAGUUAAAAUUUAAUUACAUACGCUUGUAUAAAACUAUGUUUAAAAUAAUCUCUAAAAUAUGAUCUAUUUGUUCCAACAACUACUUAAACGGUAAAUGAAAUAUGUGAAGAUAUCAAAUUAGCGUAUUUUUAAAAGUAGCUGUGUGAUUGAAAAGUUAUAUAAAAUUUGAUCUUAGUGUCUUACUGAGUAAUAUUCUUUAGAAAACUAUCCAUAAUUUAAUUUAAGUACUUUGUAAAUUAAUUUCAAUGUUCAUCACAUGUAAACUGCGAUAACCCUUAACACUUGCGAUAUAUAUUUUUUGUGUUGUAUAGUUACUCGGUAACAAUGGCCACGAAAGAUUGCAAUAAUAAAUGAUAUUUUUCUUUGUAAUUUUCUGUACGUUAUUAGAUUUUGGGUAAAGUAUUAAAAAGAUGCAUUACACUAUAUAAGGCAUCUCAGUUUUUAUGGCAGGGAUUCCUUUUCUGUGUCAGGUGCACUUUAUAAUAUUAUUUUCAGCAAGGACUAUUUAAAAGUGAAAGAUAUCACAGCAAGUCUUUCACUUCCCCUGCUGUGACUGCAGACGCUGACCGCUAAAUUAAAAAUUAUUGGUCCUAUUUUGGCUUUUAAAGAUUACUGGUUGGAAACAUUGCUUUGUCGUAUUGAAAUUAAAUAAAUUUUACUACCCUUUGCAUGCUAGAUUUAGGUAAAAGACAAUAUAAACUGUUUACAAAUGUUUAAUAACUUAUGGCCAUUUUAGUCUAUGGGCCAUUGCCUCCCACAUCAGAAAUAUGCUUUUAAGUUAUUUGAUCUAGAGAUGUUUUAUUGGUUUUCCUGUAUAUUUUUUGCAUCCAUAAAUGACAAUGGAGAUUUUUUUAUGUAUAUGUUGCUUGAACUUGUAGAAAGUUUAUUUGGUUUUAUAUGUUGACAUUGAUGGUUGUAAUUAUAUCUAUGGUUGUGAGUGAUGACAUGAGUCAUCUGAUGUAUUUGUAUUAAAUUGGAGAGUAAAAUAAUUAGUGAUUUGUCAAUGUGUUGAGAAAUAGUGGUUUGUAAUUUUUUUUACUGCUCUAAAAAUGUGUAAUUAAUUUUUUGUAAAUUGAAAAUCUCAUAGGUAUUUAAUGUAUUAGAACUAUACGAAAAAUCAUAUCUGUGCACAUUUAGAUUGAUACUUACGAUUUUAAUAUUUUUCGAAAGUUUUGAGAGCCAGUCAAAGAUGGACACAAAGUUUUUAUUAAACACAGUAUUCAAUAGCAAUUGUAAAUUUCAGUUAUUUCUGAUGUAAAGAUUUUCAGUAAUUUUUAAGGUUUCAAGCAAUAUUAUUUUGUAUAUAUUUUAAUUGUCAGCUUUAGUGCUCAAUGUAUAUUUGUGGAAGUUUUCAGCACACUUGUUAGUACGGCCAGCAUAUGCCAUUUACAUGUUAACUAUUUUAUUGUAGAUAAAUUAUUAUUACAAUGUGAUGUAACUUGAUAUUAACGCAUUUAAUUGUCGGGUGUUUGUCAGCGUGUAAGCUUGCCAUUAAAAUAUACUUUAAAAUAUGUAGUUAUGACAAAAACAUGAUGUAUCAUUAUAAUCACUAAAUAAUUAUUAUUUUUAUUAAUAAUAAUUAGAUUAAUAAAUGACGAAAGACGUGA